AUGCUACCGAAGGGCGCGAUGUGCUCCGUCGACGCGGGGGAGUUGGCCCUUCCGCCGCCAGGGGCCGCCCCUGCCAGGAUCGCGGACAUCUGCCCGCUGGCCGCCGAAUACUUCUCCGACGUCGCCGGGGGGAUGCUACGCGAGCCCAGCCUAGCCAUGGACGAGGAGCUGAAGGGCCAGAAGAGGCUCUGGGGCGCGGGGGUGCUCGGGACCACCGACCAGCUAGUCGAGGGCGUCUCGCUCUUCGGGGUCAUCAAGAAGUACCUGCAGGAGGAGGCGGACCUCCUCGGUCCCGCCAAGCGUCAGGUCCGCGCCAUCUGGGACCAGAGGCGGGCCAACCUCCGCUGGCAGAGACCCCCGUGCGUGCCCCUCGGCAGCCCCGCGUCCUUCGCCCACCUGGACCUCUCCAACCUCGGCGAGAAGGACGUGGUCUACACGGGCGUGGGCGACAUCCCGGACAUGUUCCAUCGCUUGGAGACGCCGCCCGAAGCGUGGCCAUACUUUGUUUUGGAGGAGGUCCCCGUCCGCGAGUUCGUCGACUACGUGAAGACCAAGGGGCGGGAGUGCGUCUUGGCGAUGGGCUGGUCGUGGGCCCCGUUCUUGGCCCUCUCUACGCCGCAGGCAUGCAUGGCGCGCGGGCCCGGGGGGGACUCCGUCGGCGCGCGCCUGGCCCACGGGGCUCCGACGCCGCAACUGAUCGGACCCGACGGGUUCGAGUCGGUGAGUUGGGCGUACAUGGACGACCACGGGGUCCUGGCCACGUCCGCCAGCGCGCAGCAGCCAGUGGGCGAGGAGAACGAGGGCGAGGGGCUCGAGUCGCUGGGGGCAGUCAUCCGAGGCCGACCCUAUACAGUCUCGGCCGAGAUCGAUCGCACCUGCGGCCUGGCUCUGGUGACGUCGCGGGUGGUGGAGCGGACGUGCUGGACCGCGGAGCUCCUCGAGCGCAUCGUGGUGCCGUGGGCGCGGGCGGCCCUCUUCCAGCGCACGGGCCUCGCCAUCUUCGACCAGGUCUAUCACGAGAUGAGACGCCCCGAGACCGCCAAGACGCCGUUCCGCCUGUCGGACGCGGCGAGGUGGGAGCUGACUACGAUUGCAUACUGCGCGCCGCUCCUGCGCACGGACCUCGAGGCGCCCUGGCUCGCGCAGGCGUUCAUGGCGGACUCCAGCGACACGGGCUACGGGGUGGCGGUCACCGACGCAUCGCCGGAGGAGAUCCGGGAGGACGCGCGCUACAGCGAGAUGAGGGGAUGGACGAUCGCCACCGAGCACACUUACACGGGCCAGGAAGAGGGCGCCGGGGGGGGGGACAUGGAGGGGGCCAUCCACUCGCGGGCGGAGCUCGACGGCUACGAGGUCCAGGUCUGGUCCAUCGACGCGGUGAUCGACCCGAAGCACGACCUCACCAACGACGAGUUCGUCGGCGUGUUCCUGGGGCUGGCGCGCGGUGGGUACUUCCACGCCGUGAUCGCCUCGUCUCCCUGCUCCACCUGGAGUCGAGCUCGCUUCCUGGGAAAGGGGUCGAAACCCCUGCGGACGCGCCUCGAGCCCUGGGGGCGGAGCGACAUGUCCUUCACGGCCUUCGAGCGCCUCCGCCUGGACCUGGGGGCGCGCCUCCUGCCCGCGGCCAUGCAGGCGGUCCGCGAGGUCUGCCUAGCCGGCGGCCUGGGCUUGAUGGAGCACCCUGCAGACCCGGUGGAGGACCCGUACCCGUCCAUUUGGAACUUCCCCGAGAUGGCGAGCCUCCUCGAGGAGACGGGCGGGCAGAUCAACCGGAUCGACCAGCGCCGCUACGGAGCCCCGUCGAUGAAGCCGACCAUGAUUGGCAUAUUCGGGUUCUACGACGACGCGCUGGACCUCGCCGCGGAUUGUCUCCGCCUGAGGUGCAACCACAGGGCGGCAUCAGGCCGUACUCAAGGGAAGAGCGGAACGGGGCCGUCCCGACUUCUGCACCGCCUCCGCCCAGGCGUGCCAGCCGCCGCUGUGCGCCGCGCUGGCAGUGGCGAUCCUCAAGGCGUUCGCCCGCGUGACGAGGGGGGCGCGCGGCCCCGACCCAACGGGCUCGCGGACAUCUCCAUCUACGGCGUCCUUCAGCCCGCCGAGGCAGUUUGCCCCGUCGGCGCGGUCCGCCCGAGGCCGCCCAAGGCGGGCGACGUCCCCCUGCAGAAGCGGGGGCCGCGGGCGUGGGGCAACUGCGAGCGGGGGCCGCACCUUGGCAUCAGCGAGGGCGGCUCCACGAGGCUCCUCGCCCACUCCGCGGCGGACGUCACCGCGACGCAGUGGGCCCCGAAGGCGCGGGACUUCCUCGACUACUGCGUCGACGAGGGCUGGGGGCUUCGGUCCGCGAGCGCCGUGGGCCACGCUCUGGCCGACUACAUGGGCGUGAAGUGCUAUCGGGGCCGACUUCGCCCCGCGUGGGGGUCGAUCGUCUUGUUCGGGCUGCUGGUGAUCUGGCUUGAGCUGAGGUUGGUCGUCUCCGUGGAGGGGGGCCCGCUGCCCGAGGAGGCCGUCUUCGCCAUCGCCAUCUACUUUUUCGGGGCGGGGCUCCUGGGCGAAGCCAUAUGGACGCUGGCGAAGUAUGGCGUCUACGGCCGGGGGCAGGACAUGGAGAUGCUGCGCGAGGCCGACGUCAUUUGGGAUGGCCGAUGCGCGGGCCUCCUCUUUGGCAUCUCUGCCAGAGGCGAGGAGGGCAAGACGGGCUGCAACAGGGGGGUCGUCAUCCGCCGCGGGACGGUGGCGAACCUCAUCCUGGCCCUGAAGGACGCCAAGAAGAACACCACGGGGCCCAUCUUCGGCCCGCGGCAGGCAGGCUUCCGCAAGGAGUGGCAUCGCGCGUGUCGCGCGCUGGGGAUGCCCUGGACGCCGCCGCCGCACGGGCCCCGCCACUCGGGGCCCAGCGAGGGCGCGGCGCGCGGCCAGGCUGGCCUCGAGCAGGUGCGGUACUCCAAGACGUUCGCCCUCACGCAGUUCCGUGCGAAGAUGCCGAAGAAGGUGCUGGAGGUGGGCCCCCGCGCGACCUCGGACCUGGCCGCCGAGAUCAUCCGAGCGAUGGGAUCCCGCACCAACUACAGCAAGCAGCAGAGGCAGCUGGUCGACGGCAUCAAGGAGAACUUGAAGACGAAGAAGGCGAAGGACGUUGCCGCGGAGCUCCUGAUAUUAUGUUCACCGAGGUUGAGGCAGAAGGCGACCAAUAAGCAGAAGUCCACCAAGGGCGAGAUGAGCUGUCCGGACUCCGACGACCUCUACUCCGACGAGACGUGCGUGGCCUACGGGCGCGACCACCACUGGGGUGCUCUUGGCCACGUCGCAGUGAUCACAGAUGAGACGUAG